AAAACCUCCUAACAAAUGCAAAUCACUGUUGCCGACUUAAGAAUAAAUAAAAUCCUCACCAACAUCUAACCAAGCUGACCCAGUUCAUUAUGUUCCAUUAGGAACAUGUUAUUUACAUACAUACAUAUGCCGGCAUUGUUCUUCUCUCUGAAAAGUUCAUACCAGAUCUAGAUUCCUUGCAUAUAUGUACUCCAUUUGUGAACGUUUAAAGCAAGAGGGAAUAAAUGCCAAUGCAUGAUUGAUAAAGACAAAAUCAAUAAUGCAGAGAAGCUUCAGUGACCGUGAGUCAGUUCAGGGUGUCUGAAUUGAUUUUGGGGAAACAUAAGCUAUAAUCCAAACUAGCUAUAAAUAGCCUUCUGUCUUUCAUUCUUACAUCAAGUAGAAAGUAGUGAAGAUUCUUUUGAACAUGGAUUAUUUCCUUUUCAUUGCUCUCACUUUCUUGUUGACCUUCCAUGUUCACAAUGCUCAAGGAAGUGAGCUUCCCACCACUACCACCGAGAGCACUGAGACAAGCAGUUCAAAAAUAUACAUUAUCCAUGUGACGGGGCCAGAGGGUAAGAUGUUAACUGAAUCAGAAGAUUUAGAGAGCUGGUACCAUUCAUUCUUGCCACCAACUCUUAAGAGCUCUGAGGAACAGCCACGAGUGAUUUACUCAUACAAGAACGUGCUGCGUGGAUUUGCUGCAAGUCUCACUCAAGAGGAGCUUAGUGCUGUGGAAAAGAAAAAUGGCUUUAUUUCAGCUCAUCCUCAGAGGGUGCUACAUCGUCAAACCACUCAUACCCCGAAGUUCUUGGGGUUGCAGCAAGAUACGGGAGUGUGGAAGGAAUCCAAUUUUGGAAAGGGAGUUAUCAUUGGGGUGCUGGACUCUGGAAUCACCCCAGGUCAUCCUUCAUUCAGUGAUGUAGGAAUCCCACCACCACCACCGAAAUGGAAAGGGAGAUGUGAUCUUAAUGUGACAGCUUGUAACAACAAACUAAUUGGAGCAAGGGCUUUCAAUCUUGCAGCUGAGGCAAUGAAUGGAAAGAAAGCGGAGGCACCUAUUGACGAGGAUGGGCAUGGGACUCACACAGCAAGCACAGCAGCCGGCGCUUUCGUGAACUACGCAGAAGUGCUAGGAAAUGCCAAAGGCACAGCAGCAGGGAUGGCCCCUCAUGCUCACCUGGCAAUUUACAAAGUAUGCUUUGGAGAAGAUUGCCCUGAGAGUGAUAUCCUAGCUGCAUUAGAUGCAGCAGUUGAAGAUGGCGUGGAUGUAAUAUCAAUAUCCCUCGGUCUAAGCGAGCCACCUCCAUUUUUCAAUGAUAGCACUGCUAUAGGAGCAUUUGCUGCAAUGCAGAAGGGAAUCUUUGUGAGUUGUGCAGCAGGAAACUCUGGCCCUUUCAAUAGCUCCAUAGUUAAUGCAGCCCCGUGGAUUCUCACAGUUGGAGCAAGCACUAUUGACAGAAGAAUUGUAGCAACAGCAAAGCUUGGCAAUGGGCAAGAAUUUGAUGGUGAAUCUGUUUUCCAGCCUUCCAGUUUUACUCCAACAUUGCUACCCCUAGCAUAUGCUGGAAAAAAUGGUAAAGAAGAAUCUGCAUUCUGUGCUAAUGGAUCCUUGGAUGACAGUGCUUUCAGAGGCAAGGUUGUUUUGUGUGAGAGAGGAGGGGGUAUAGCAAGAAUAGCCAAAGGAGAGGAGGUGAAAAGAGCAGGUGGUGCCGCCAUGAUUCUGAUGAAUGAUGAAACUAAUGCCUUUAGUCUCUCAGCUGAUGUACAUGCUCUACCUGCAACACAUGUAAGCUAUGCUGCUGGAAUAGAGAUUAAGGCAUAUAUAAAUUCCACAGCAACACCAACAGCAACCAUUUUAUUUAAGGGAACUGUUAUCGGAAACUCCCUAGCCCCUGCUGUUGCAUCUUUCUCUUCAAGAGGUCCCAACUUGCCAAGUCCCGGUAUUUUGAAACCAGAUAUCAUAGGACCAGGCGUGAACAUCCUAGCUGCCUGGCCGUUCCCUCUGAGUAACAGCACCGAUUCAAAACUCACUUUCAACAUUGAGUCUGGAACAUCUAUGUCAUGCCCACAUCUUAGUGGCAUUGCUGCUUUGCUCAAAAGCUCUCAUCCUCAUUGGUCACCAGCUGCCAUAAAAUCUGCCAUAAUGACUUCUGCAGACACAAUAAAUUUAGGAAACAAACUCAUUGUUGAUGAAACACUUCAGCCUACAGAUCUCUUUGCCACAGGUUCUGGCCACGUGAAUCCAUCAAGAGCAAACGAUCCUGGAUUAGUUUAUGAUAUCCAACCUGAUGAUUAUAUACCUUAUCUGUGUGGUCUAGGCUAUAGUGAGACUGAAGUUGGGAUCAUUGCACAUAGAAAAAUUAAGUGCUCUGCAAGCAUUCCCGAAGGAGAGCUCAACUACCCCUCAUUUUCUGUUGAGCUUGGUUCCUCAAAGACAUUCACAAGGACUGUGACAAAUGUCGGUGAGGCCCAUUCAUCUUAUGAUCUCAUAGUUGCGGCACCACAAGGAGUUGAUGUGAAGGUCCAGCCAUAUAAGCUUAACUUUUCUGAAGUGAACCAGAAAGAGACAUAUUCAGUUACAUUCAGCCGCACAGGGUUGGGUAAUAAGACACAGGAAUAUGCUCAAGGUUUUCUAAAAUGGGUCUCUACCAAACACACUGUAAGGAGUCCUAUCUCAGUCAAAUUCAUAUAGGAUAAUAUGUAAACAAGCAGCAAUAUGUAUUGCCAGAAAAUUGUCCUACUAGCUACAACAUCAAUAAGAAGCAAAAAUAUCAUGAGUGUUAAAUACA